AUCAGAAAAGCAAGCAAACUUUCGCGCACAGUACUGUUUUGUGUGGUGUGUGCGGCCAUCUUUGCUUUGGGAACCCGCAGUCAGCAGAGAGGCUCGUCGGAUCGUCACGCGAACGAACGAAGAAAAAACGGAUCACAUUCCGUUCCGCGAAACAGUUUUAGGGAACCUGCGUUGGUGCUGGCUGACCGCAGCCACAGUGUACCGAAUUCCGGUUUCAUCAUCGCCGUCACCACCAUCGUCAUCCGUUUCUGCUUGUGUCGUGUUUGACCGGUCGGAGCGUCCAGAGGAUCUGAGUCCGGAAGGGGCGCCUCGCUGGUGGAUGGCCUCGGGGGAGCCGGAGAAGGCGUUGGUAGAAGAAGAGGAGGAAGCACAAACGGAACGGAGAGGUUGAAAUACGCGAAAGUGAAAAAAUCAUAACAGCACGCGUAUGAGGAAAACAAGUCGUCGCAAAAAGCGCAAGAAAGAGGAACGAAGUUCAAUGAUUGUUGUUGUCGACGGCGACGUUUGCGAGUUUUAUUCAUGUGUAAUUGUAGCAGAAAGUAACACGACUUAAGCCAGUAGAGUGAGUGAGGUUGUUGGUGAGGAACGGACGAAAGCCUUGGACUGACAGUCAAUCCUCACCACAAAGGUGUGCUGAUGAUGAUGACGAUGACGAUGACGACGACGACGAUGAUGAUGAUUAUUGUGGUGGAAAUUCGCUGAAUCGCAGUUCUUCUAAUUUCUGUUUUCUUCGUGAAACGAAAAGUGUAAUAAGAGUAAGCCGAAUUGGUUAUCCAGAGAGAGAAAAACAAAUUGAGAGGAAGAACCGUUUUUUAGGCUGCCUGCGCUUGGAUACAUAGGCUAAUGCCGAUGCAGCAGCAGCACCACCGUUAUCCAAACGUACACUAGCAGCACCAAUACCGGGAGCAAGUGGCCGGUCAACGUAUCCGACUCGGAUCUUUCGGAAUAGUUCGUUCAACAAUAUGUGGAGUUCCAGUAACGGCGGUGGAGGAGGAGGAGGAGGAGGAGGAGGAGGUCGUGGCGGCGGCGGCGGAUCUUCUUCCAGUACGAACCAGUCCAAUACCAAAACGCUUGGAAUGACUUCGGCCAUCAGUUUGGCGGAACCGAAACCGGAAGACAUUCAGAAGACGGGGGAACUGGGCAAGGCACUCGAACCGUACAAUGUGUUCGAGGAGGAAUCCGAGCUUAAUCACCGGAUGGAAAUUCUGGCCAAGUUGAACACACUGGUCAAGCUGUGGGUGCGGGAUGUUUCGAUCUCGAAGAAUAUGCCCGAAGCCCUGGCGGAGAAGCUGGGCGGCAAAAUCUACACAUUCGGUUCGUAUCGGCUGGGGGUGCACCACAAGGGUGCGGAUAUAGACGCCCUGUGCGUGGCCCCGCGAAAUAUCGAACGGUCGGAUUAUUUUGGAUCGUUUUUCGAGUUGCUCAAGAAGCAACCGGAAGUGACGGAAUGUCGAGCCGUGGAGGAGGCUUUUGUACCUGUAAUAAAGAUGAAUUUUGAUGGAAUCGAAAUCGAUUUGCUGUUUGCCCGGUUGGCUCUGAAGGAGAUUCCGGACAACUUCGAUCUGCGGGACGAUAAACUGCUGAAGAAUUUGGACGCUAAGUCGGUGCGAAGUCUGAACGGUUGCCGGGUGACAGAUGAGAUACUGCGGCUGGUUCCGAAUAUCGACAACUUCCGACUGGCACUACGGGCGAUCAAGCUGUGGGCUAAGAAGCACGGCAUCUAUUCGAACUCUCUGGGAUACUUUGGUGGUGUAUCGUGGGCUAUGCUGGUUGCUAGAACCUGUCAGCUAUAUCCGAAUGCAGUGGCUGCUACGUUGGUGCACAAGUUUUUCCUGGUAUUCUCCCGCUGGAAGUGGCCCCAGCCGGUGCUGUUGAAGCAGCCGGACACAGUCAAUCUGGGCUUCCCGGUAUGGGAUCCCAGAGUAAACGUUCAGGACCGCUUCCACCUAAUGCCGAUUAUCACACCGGCAUAUCCGCAGCAGAAUUCCACCUUCAACGUGUCCAGUUCGACGCGGAAGGUCAUGCUGAAUGAGUUUAAUCGCGGUAUGCAAAUCACCGAUGAAAUCAUGCUCAGCAAGGCCGGCUGGGAUAAGCUGUUUGAGGCACCGAGUUUCUUCUUCAAGUAUCGGCACUUUAUCGUUCUGCUGGUGACCUCCAACAAUGCCGACGAUCACCUGGAAUGGUGCGGUUUAGUCGAGUCCAAAAUUCGCUAUCUGAUUCUGAACCUGGAACGGAACCAGCACAUCAAUUUGGCCCACGUCAACCCAAAGUGCUUCGAGCAGCACGAACAGAACCAGUCCGAACGACAGCGGGAGAACGACGGUGGCAAGGCUCCCACCCUUUGCUCGCUUUGGUUCAUCGGGUUGGAGUUUGAGCGGUCGGAAAAUCUGAACGUGGAUCUGACGGAGAGCAUACAGAGUUUUACCGACUCCGUGCACAAACAUGCUGUGCACAUCAAGCUGCUGAAGGACGGUAUGAAGAUCGAAGCGCGACACGUUCGGCGGAAGCAACUGAGCCAGUAUCUGGACCCGAACCUGCUCAAGCGGGAACGUAAAAAUUCCGACUCGGGACUUUCGAUAUCCAGCAUAGCGGCUGUUGCGGCCGCGGCUAAUACCAGUGGUGGAGCCACCGGCGGUGGCACCACCCUCCGGAAGCGUCAAUCAUCUGAACAUCUUCAGACGACCACCCUCAACAAGAAAGGAAGGAACGAUUCCUUUGAGCACUCCCCGUCGAAUACGUCCUCGCAGUCGUCGUCCUCGUCGCAAUCCUCGCAAGGAACGGGUCCGGUGUCAGCAGCGAACAUCUCCAACACCUCGGUAGCGUCUCUGAACACUAGUAACAACAACGGUAAUAGUAACGUAAGCACUAACAACAACAACAACAACACUAGCAGCACUGCGGCUCCUGACGAUGUUACUGCAGAAGCCGAACUAGCCCCCACCACGGACUACAACCACACGAACCAUAACGAUAGCGUGACGUCGACCAAUGCGACGCUGGUGCUGGAUGAUUCCUCGUCCGAAGCGACCAGCGCCGGCGGUGGUGGCGGUCAAUCACAGACAACUCCCCAGACUCCGACGACUACGACGCCAACCGCAAAUCCCGGACCGCAACAGCCGCCACAGACCGCUACCGAGGUGGUUUGCUCAUGACAGCCGAAUCCGUUCCGGAAGGUGAAUAACUAUCACCUUCACUACAACAACAACACCAACCAUCACCACCAUCAGCUCCACCACGGUUCGAAUUACAACAAUAUCAACAGCAGCAGCAGCAACAGCAACAACAAUGGUCACCUCCAUCACUAUCCGCCGGGAGGGCAAGAACAUCAACAACAUGGUGCGAACCCUAACGGCAGCAACCCGAAGAUGAUGAUCCAUGGAGACGAAGAUGCUAACGAUGGAGGAGAAGGAAGAGGUGGUGGUCGUGGUAGCUAUUCGAAUGCGAGCAGGGUGCAGUUUGCAGAAGUCCAAUCUUCGUAAGAUGACUUCGACUAACGCAGCUGACUCACGAGGACCAGCCGACCUACCUAUACAAUUUAUAGGACAACUUUAUCAUCCUGCAUUGCCGUCGAUUCAGCAAUGAACAGAGAAGUUUAUAAAAAAAAUGAUAACAUUUGAUCUAAGGUAAGAGUUAAAUUUAUAAACAAAACAAAAAAAUAUCAAAAGAAAUGAAAGUGCAGCACAUGGAAGAGGUGGGGAAGGUUAAAAACUCCUAAUCGAUUCUUAUUAAACGAGAGCAUAUGGUUGAUAUCGGCUAAUCGAGGAAAAUGAAACAUGAUUACACAUUGAUCAAAUUAUAUCCUAAAUGACAACAUACUAUGAAAUCUAGAGAAAAAUGAAAACAUUAAAAAAACAUUCUGUACAUAGUAAACUAUAAACUCAACAAAACAUUUAAAAAAACACACAUCUACACAACUUCUAGAAAUGUCGGGAGUGCAUUGUUAGAUACACAAAAAAAAUCUAAGACUUAUAUAAAUCUUACGUUUAUUUAUACACAGCCAGAAGUUAAACCACAUGCAUACUUCGUACCAGCAAACAUACCUUUUCAUUCACACCAAUGAUCUAUGGUUUCUUUUGUUUUGCUCAACACGGAACAAAGUCCGGUUUCGUCGUUUGCUACAACUGCUGAAUUCUCAUUUUUAUAUAAACACGAGAAGAGAGGCAGAUUCAUAUAGGUUUUUUUUUUUCGUUUCGUUCAUCAAUACCUUAUAAACACAUAACUAUUAUCUAAGCGUACACUCCACUGGUUCAUCAAUUUCACUGCUAGUAGAAGGAAAUCUAUCCGAAGACAAGAUUAUGCAACAAAGAAGAAACAUUACUAUGAAGUGCAAUCAGCAUUAUCCAUUCAGGCAAAAGCGUUCAGAAAAUGUAUGAGUUUCGCAAAGUUAUGCGACAAGAAUUUGUCCAUCAAAUAAAAUUAUAGAAAAAAAAAAUGGUUCGAUGUUUAGAUCCUUGUUAGCGGUAGAGUUUUCCCGGAAUGAAUGGAAAUUUCCACAUGAAGAAAGAUGAUUUAAGCUCGUGGGGGGAAAACAAACAUAUUUUACGUAAACGAUUUUCUCUGUAAAUACUAUACCAUUCAUUCAAUGAUGUAGUAGAGAAGUAAAAUGAAUAACUAAAGAAAAAUGAACACAAAAAAAAAACAUGCGAUGAUGAUUGGAGAAGAACUAUGAAACUUUUUCUGUAACUGAACUUAUAUUAAUUUACUUAAAGCAUAAAAGGAAGGGCAAAGAAAUACACACACACCUACAGAUAUAUACAUUUUAAACCAGCUGGGAUUUUAUUUUUAUAAAAUAAAACAUCCAUUUAAGAUUUGAGAAGAUCAUUCGAAAUUGGGAAAAAAACAAAGGACAUUUAUAAAAGUUUAUCACUUAAAAAAAAUCAUAAAAUUUAAAAGAGAUAAAACUAGAAAUUGAUUAACAAUUUUCAAGCAACAGAAACGGGAUAUUACUUUCUCAUUGUUCAGACAUUUAAUACAAAAAAAAAGAAAACAAUAUUCAAAAAACGAUAAACAAGUUUAUAAAUAACGAGGAGCCGUUAGUAAGCGGUAAAGAAGGACAGUAAUUGAAUUAAACAAUGAUGAAAUGCAUAACAAAGCCAUCUACCAACCACAACGGACGAUGUUUGUUGAAGUUUCUGGACAAAAGGUUUUUAGCAGGUGCGCCUCACUAACAAACGCAUUCAAAACGUUUCCGGUUAAAGGCUUCGAAUAAGGGAAGCUUGACGAUGAAAUAAAGGGAAGUUUAAAGUAGUAAAAAAAAAAAGAAAA